CGCCCCCUCCCGCUUUCUUCCUCUCACUCCAUCCUGCCCGAAUUUCAUAGCUCAGCAUUCUCCAGUCCCCCGUACAUGUAGCGCAGGUUUCUAAAAGCAGGAGGGGUGGGAUGGCUUUCAGAGUGAGCCAUGGAAGAAAAAAAAAACCCUCCUCACCCAAUUGGAAAUGGGAGGAGUUUUUAUUGAGCCGUGAUUGAACCAAUGACAGCUCAGUGCCGGGAAAUACAGCAGUGAAACACCAGGGGCUGUGGUGCUGCUGAGCAACGAUUGCAGGCUCUCCAAGUGCCCUGCGCGCUCUGCGAAGUUUUUCUUCAACCCCCCCCCUCCGCAUCACCACCCUCCUCUUGGUGCAGUACAUCUCUGCUGAGGAUACACACGGUACAGAGGGUCACUGAUUGGUCAAGCCAGAGAUCAUGAAGUGGAACCUCUUCAAAAAGAAGCCCGAAGCCAUGGUGGGUCCAGAGCCCACGGGCCCAGGGGGCACCCACCCAUCCCACACCAUGACCAUGGCCCCUGCCGUCUCCACUCCGGCGGACAACUCCACCGAGUCUGAGGGCACCGUCAACAAAAACGACGUCUUCGAAGAGAUCAAAAGCAAGUUCCUCAAUGAGAUCGAUAAGAUCCCAUUGCCUCCAUGGGCGCUCAUCGCCAUCGCUGUAGUGGCCGCCCUCCUCAUCCUCACCUGCUGCUUCUGUAUCAUCAAGAAAUGCUGCUGUAAGAAGAAGAAGAACAAGAAAGGCAAAAAGGGAAAGGACGGCUUCAACAUGAAGAACAUGCAGGGCGGAGAUAAACAACAGGAUGAUGACGAUGAAGAAGGAGAAACCGGUUUGACAGAGGAGGAGAAAGAGGAAGAGGAGAAAGAAGUGGAGAAACUGGGAAAGCUUCAAUAUUCUUUGGAUUACGACUUCCAGGAUAACAAGCUGACCGUGGGAAUCCUGCAGUGUGCCGAUCUGAUCUCCAUGGACUCUGGAGGAACGUCUGACCCUUAUGUUAAAGUCUUCAUUCUACCAGAUAAGAAGAAAAAGUACGACACCAAGGUGCACAAAAAGACCCUCAACCCAGUGUUCAAUGAAUCCUUCGUCUUUAAGAUCCCGUACCAGGAGCUGGGUGGGAAGACGCUGGUCAUGUCUGUGUAUGAUUAUGACCGAUUCUCCAAACACGACAUCAUAGGUGAGGUGAAAUUACCCAUGAACACCCUGGAUCUGGGCCAGCCCAUUGAAGAGUGGAGAGACCUGGACAGCGCUGAGAAGGAGGAGCCUGAGAAGCUGGGCGAUAUCUGCAUCUCUCUGCGUUACGUCCCGACGGCAGGAAAACUGACCGUCUGCAUCCUCGAGGCCAAAAACCUGAAGAAAAUGGACGUGGGCGGCCUGUCUGACCCGUACGUGAAGAUCCAGCUCUUGCAGAACGGAAAGCGUCUGAAGAAGAAGAAGACGACGGUGAAGAAGAACACACUGAACCCCUAUUACAACGAGUCCUUCAGCUUUGAGAUCCCUCUAGAGCAAAUGCAGAAAAUCAUUGUGGUGGUGACGGUCUUCGACUACGACAAGAUUGGCAAGAACGAUGCCAUCGGGAAGAUCUUCAUCGGCAGUAAAGCCUCAGGAACGUCACAGAAGCACUGGUCCGACAUGCUGGCGAACCCACGGCGUCCUAUCGCCCAGUGGCACCCUCUCCAGCAGGAGGAGGACAUCGAUGCCGCACUGGCCGCCCUCAACGCCAAGAAGUAAAAUUCACACAUCUCAGCCUGACUAACCAACUAACCAAACCACUCAGCAAUGCAUGACACCCCACACUCAUCCGUGCGCUUGUUUCACGAAAUCGCCAACAAAAACACUAAAGAAUAUACUUGAAAGUCACACGUUCGCCACAUAGAUUGAAAAACC